AUGGCAGAGCUACCUUUGGGAACUCCUCCCCAGAAGGACACGGCCGCUCCUGUCAUUCCUCCACAGUUGCCCCAUAAGCCCCUUCUGCGACUUCACCUCGACGACAUUGGUCACCCAGCUGCCCAGGUGGCUUGCAGUUCCUUGGAUGGGGGCCUGUAUUUAACGAGAGCAAUUGAGCAUGUCGUUACGCACUUGUACAGGCCCUACGGCUUGAGUGAAAUCCCCAAAGUCAGAUCUGUCACGGUGGUCCUACGCCCCAUGGGUGGAGUAGCGUACACCACUGGAUUGCCACUGGAUGACCUCCACAAGGAGAUUCACCUGUCCCUCGACUAUGUGCAUGGCGUAUUGUCACGAAAUUCAGCAGGACUCCGCCACGAAAUCGCCGGGGUGAUCACGCACGAAAUGGUUCACUGCUUCCAGGGCAAUUGCCAAGGCACCGCGCCAGGCGGGCUCAUUGAGGGCAUUGCAGAUUUCGUUCGAUUAAAGGCCGGACUCUCGCCUCCGCAUUGGAACAAGUCACCCGAGAACAGAGGGCAGAGAUGGGACGAGGGCUACCAGAAGACCGCUUGGUUUCUGGACUGGCUCGAGGAAUUACAAGGGCCGGGCACGGUCAGUCGAAUGAACGAAACCAUGCGGAAAGGGAGGUAUCAUGAGCACAGGUUUUGGAAGGACAUCUUUGGGGAAUCCGUGGAUCAGCUUUGGGUCCGUUACAAGGCCACGUGGGGAAUUGCAGUUCCGGCAAGUUCCCGUUCAAUGGGUGGGGAGCAAAGUGGUGAUGCUCCAGAGGCAGUGGAUGUGGAGCGUCAAGAAGACAAGAAACAGGUUGUGGUUCAGGAGCAAAGAAAACCAAAGCAAUUCGCUGCCUAG